AUGACGAGUUUUAUCAGCAUAAGUUUGUUCAACAGUUGCCGUCGGGUUUCUUCAACGCUUGUGCUAAGUGGAUGGAGAAAUGCUUCCAGCAACGCCACCACCAUCGGUGGAAAUGUUCCAUUGACGAAAGCUGCACACUCCCGCACGAUGCCGGCAAGUUCCGGUCCCCUAACCAUAGCAUCGCAGCAGCUGGGUCACAGUCCGUACUUCGUCAGUCGAGCAUCCAAGGUUACGGCGGCUACGUCCAUGAGCAAUGGAGGGGCAGCAGGCACGCACGAUGACGAUUUCAUCGAAGCCGUCGUGUGCCAGGAGUCGGAGAUUGGCGAGAACCAGAUGAAGCAGGUCGAGUUGGGCGAGGGCAAGGUGCUGCUGGUACGGCAGAACGGGAAGCUUUCGGCCAUCGGCAACAAAUGCUCCCACUACGGUGCCAUGCUCGUGACCGGUGCGCUGGGCGAAGGACGCGUCCGGUGCCCUUGGCAUGGAGCGUGCUUCAACGUGGAGACGGGCGAUAUCGAAGACUUCCCGGGGAUGGAUUCGCUGCCCUGCUACCGCGUCACCGUUGGCGAGGCGGGUGAGGUGAAAGUGCGCGCCAAGCGCACCGAACUGGCCACCAACAAGCGGACGCGCGUAAUGGCCAGACGGGCGGCGCAGGACGACCGCACGUACGUCGUCAUCGGUGGCGGCCCGUCGGGAGCGACGUGUGCGGAAACGCUGCGACAGGAAGGAUUCACCGGGCGGAUAGUGAUGAUCAACAAGGAACCAUGCCUACCGUACGACCGGGUGAAGGUGAGCAAAACGAUGGACCUGAAUCUGGAAAAGGUCCUGCUGCGGACGCAGCAGUUCUACGACGAGAACGACAUCGAGGUCAUGCUGGGCACUGCCGUAACGAAGCUGGACGGUGCCACGCACGAACUCACGCUCGACAAUGGGUACAAGAUCCGGUACGAUAAGGCGUACAUUGCGACUGGUUCGAAUCCUCGCCGGCCUCCGAUCGAGGGCGCCAGCCUGGGCAACGUGUGCGUGCUGCGUACGGCGGCCGAUGCCAAGCAGGUUAACGAGCAACUCGCGCCGGAAAAGCGGGUGGUCAUACUGGGCACGAGCUUCAUCGGACUCGAGGCGGCCGCCUACUGCGUGAACAAGGUAGCCAAGGUGACGGUCAUCGGUCGCGGUGCCGUUCCGCUGAAGGAAUCGUUUGGCGAUGCGAUCGGCCAGCGGGUCAUGGAGCUGUUCGAGGAGAAGGGCGUGCAGUUCGUGAUGAAUUCCGGCAUCCGGCGGUGCAUCGGAGCGGAGGGUACGGUGCAGCAGGUAGAGCUGACCGACGGUACCCUGCUCGAUGCGGAUAUUUGCAUUUUUGGCAUCGGUUCGACGCUGUACACGGAGUUCCUGCAGGGUUCGGGCAUCAGCCUGAAUCGUAACGGAUCGAUCAACACCGACCAGUAUUUAGAGUCGAAUCUGGAAGGUGUGUAUGUCGGGGGCGACAUUGCGAACGCACCGGUCCACUCAAACGAUGGGCAGCAGGCUACCAUCGGCCACUAUCCGCUUGCACAGUAUCACGGCCGGGUGGCGGCACUGAACAUGAUCGGCAAGGCGACACCGCUCAAAGCGGUCCCAUUCUUCUGGACGGUACUGUUCGGCAAGUCGUUCCGAUAUUGCGGAUACGGGCAGCCCGACGAGGUGAUCAUUGACGGAGAUCUGGCCGCACUAAAGUUCGUGGCGUUUUACAUCGGUAAGGGGGGACGGGUGAUAGGGAUGUCAUCAUGCCAGCGAGAUCCGGUGGUGGCCCAGUUUGCAGAGUAUUCCUCGCAGGGUAAAGUGUUGCACAAGGAAGACCUGACGCCCAACCCGCUGGGCUGGGUACCGGCUUAACGGACCACGCCGACGGACAAUCAGCAACCACUCGAGAACAACACACAGUAAUAUAUUUUGAUUGUAACAUUAUUCACUAUUGAUUCUACUGUUACCAUAUACACGAGAAGAGUGAACACUCUCUCAAACGCAUUGUUGAUGUAAAAUGCUUGUUGUACAAUAAAAGGAACUCCUUUUACUCCGAA